AUGGAGGCCCCGAAAAAGAAGAUUGCCGUCAUGACCUCGGGAGGCGACUCCCCGGGCAUGAACGCCGUUGUCCGCGCCGUUGUCCGCACCGCCAUUCACCUGGGCUGCGAUGCAUUCUGCGUGUACGAAGGCUACGAGGGCCUGGUCAAGGGCGGCGAUCUGAUCCGCCAGAUGGGAUGGGCAGAGGUCCGCGGCUAUCUCUCCGAGGGUGGCACGCUGAUUGGCACUGCGCGCUGCAUGGCGUUUUACGAGCGACCGGGCCGCCUAACGGCCGCCAAGAACAUGGUGCUGAAUGGCAUCGACGCCCUCAUCAUCUGCGGCGGUGACGGCUCCCUGACCGGUGCCGACAAGUUUCGCGGCGAAUGGCCCUCCCUGCUCGAGGAACUCGUCUCGACUGGUCAAUUGACCGCCGACCAGGUGAAGCCCUACCAGCAUCUCAACAUUGUAGGCCUCGUCGGCUCCAUCGACAACGAUCUCUCGGGCACCGAUGCCACCAUUGGCUGCUACUCGGCCCUCUCUCGAAUUUGUGAAAUGGUCGACUACAUUGAGGCUACCGCCUCCUCUCACUCUAGAGCCUUUGUCAUCGAAGUCAUGGGCCGUCACUGCGGCUGGCUGGCGCUGCUCGCCGGCGUCGCCACGGGUGCCGACUUUGUUUUCAUCCCCGAGCGACCCGUCAGCGAAUGUUGGCACGAAGAAAUGUGCGCGGUCGUCAAGAGACACCGCAGCUUUGGCAAGCGCAAGACCAUCGUCAUUGUGGCCGAAGGCGCCAACGACAAGGACGGCAACAAAAUCUCUCCCGAACAAAUCAAAGACUUGCUGGCCGACAAGUCAGAAGGCGGACUAGCCCUCGACACUCGAAUCACCACCCUAGGCCAUGUGCAGCGCGGAGGCACCGCCGUUGCAUACGAUCGCAUGCUUGGUACCCUGCAGGGUGUCGAAGCUGUCAAGGCUGUUCUCGAGGCCACUCCCGAAACUGAAACCUGCUUCAUCGCCAUCAACGAGAACAAGAUUGUUCGCAAGCCUCUCAUGAAAGCUGUUGCAGAGACAAAGUCUGUGGUCCAGGCUGUUGAAGCAAAGCAAUUUGACAAGGCCAUGUCUCUCCGUGACACUGAGUUCUCUGACCAGUACAAAUCAUAUCUCACCACAACCAACGUCAAGACCGACGAACAUAAGCUUCCCGAAAAGGAGCGCAUGAAGAUUGGGUUCAUCAAUGUCGGAGCGCCUGCUGGAGGCAUGAACGCCGCUGUUCGUGCAGCUGUCGCUUACUGCUUCUCGCGCGGGCACACCCCGAUGGCCAUACACAACGGGUUUGCUGGAUUUGCCCGCCAUCAUGAUGAUAAGCCCGUUGGCGCUGUCCGUGAAUUUGACUGGCUAGAAGUCGACGGCUGGGCCAGCAAGGGCGGCUCCGAGAUUGGCACAAACCGAGAGCUGCCUUCUGAGUCUGGCAUGGAGCACGUUGCUAGUCUGAUUGCCAAAUACGAGUUUGAUGCCCUUUUCAUGGUGGGUGGAUUCGAAGCUUUCCAUGCACUAUCACAGCUACGCAUUGCACGGGGGCAAUUCCCUGCACUGCGGAUCCCCAUGGUUUUACUACCAGCUACCAUUUCGAACAACGUUCCAGGAACCGAGUACUCGCUUGGAUCUGAUACAUGUCUCAACGAGCUCGUACAGUAUUGCGACAAAAUCAAGCAGUCAGCCUCUGCCACUCGCCGCCGCGUCUUUGUCAUUGAGACGCAAGGUGGUCGCUCCGGUUACAUUGCUACGCUCGCUGGUCUGGCUGUUGGCGCAUCAGCCGUCUACAUUCCGGAAGAAGGCAUCAGCCUUGGUAUGCUCAACACAGACGUGACACAUCUCAAGAAGGUGUUUGCCGAGGACACUGGCCAGUCUCGCGCCGGACGUUUGAUUCUUAUCAAUGAAAAGGCUAGCAGUGUCUAUGACGCCAAGUUGAUUGCCAAUAUUAUUCGCGACGAAGCCCACGGACGCUUCGAAAGCCGUGAGAGCAUUCCGGGCCACGUACAGCAGGGCGGUGUUCCCUCGCCCAUGGACCGAUGCCGAGCUGUUCGCCAUGCCAUAAAAUGCAUGGAGCACCUGCAAGGCUACGGCAAGAAGUCUGCCGCGGGAAGUACCGAUGCUCUGAGCACCUCUGUUAUUGGCAUCAAGGGAUCAGAGCUCGUAUUUACGGCGGUGCAGGAGCUGGAGGAGCACGGGACGGACUGGCCGAACCGCCGUCCCAAGCAGUCCGAGUGGCUGAGGAUGCGCGAUAUUGUUGACGUACUUGGUGGUCGGCCACAGCACGCCCGCCCCGAGUCGAAUGUGAAGGGCUUGCUGGCAAAGGAUAUUAAGCGGGGAUUGGCAUAG